AUGGAGCAACAACAACAGCCCUCCUUCGCCGACGGAGACGACCACGAGAACGCCGCUCGGGGUUUCAUCAGGACCCUUCAACCCUGCAUCAUUCGCAACGAAAAUGGCCGUAUCGUCUGGAACGCGGAGGAGUACAACUUCCUGAAUGGCAAUUUCAAGACGGACUCUCCCUGCCCUCCAACUGUCAACCCCAAACUCUGGCGCCACGGCCAGCUUACCUCCAAACACGGCCUGUUCAAGGUAACCAAAGGCAUCUACCAAGUCCGCGGCUUCGACCUGUCCAACAUGACCAUCGUCGAGGGCGAGACGGGGGUUCUCGUCAUUGACCCCCUGGUCUCGAGUGAAUGCGCUGCCGCUGCUCUCGCGCUGUACCGCACGCAUCGCGGACAGCACAGAUCGGUCACUGGCCUCGUCUACUCACACUCGCAUAUCGACCACUACGGCGGCGCAGAGGGCGUCCUCCCCGCAGACAGGGAGCAAAGAGAGAGGAUCCCCAUCCUCGCGCCAGAGGGCUUCCUGGAAGAAGCCGCGAGCGAAAACAUCUACCUGGGUCCCGCGAUGCGCCGGCGCGCAGCAUACAUGUACGGAAGCCGACUCCCGAGAGACGCAGAGGGGCAAGGCCAUGUCGGCUGCGGGAUCGGAAUGGCAGUGUCAACGGGAUCAAGCGGGCUGAUCCCGCCGACAGACUAUAUUCGCCAAACGGGCGAGGAGAGGGUCGUGGACGGCAUUCGGGUGGUGUUCCAGAUGGUACCGGGGGCCGAGGCGCCCUCUGAGAUGAAUUUCUUUUUCCCGGAACACCGCGGGGAGAGCGCGCUUUAUAUCGCCGAGUGCGCAACGCAUACGAUGCACAAUAUCAUCACGCUUCGCGGGGCGGUGGUCCGGGACGCAAAGGCGUGGGCGCGCUAUCUGGAUGAGUCGCUGGUUCUCUUUGGUGGGAGGUCGGAUGCGCUCCUUGCGGGACACCACUGGCCUACAUGGGGAACUGCAGAGAUUACAAGGUUACUGAGCGAGCAGCGGGAUUUGUACGCGUAUCUGCAUGACCAGACGGUGCGGAUGAUGAAUCUCGGCAUGAAUGGCGUCGAGAUCGCCGAGGCGCUGACCUUGCCGCCGAACCUGGCAAAGGCGUGGCAUGCGCAGGGCUUCUAUGGCUCACUUUCACAUAAUAUCAAGGGGAUUUACCAGCGGUAUAUGGGGUGGUUUGACGGGGACCCUGCGCACCUGUGGGAGCAUCCGGCUGCUGAGAGCGCACGAAGGUAUGUGGACUGUAUUGGUGGGGUGGAUGCAGUCGUCCAAAAGGCGCGGAGCUACGUCGAGGGUGGGGAUCUACGGUUUGCAGCGACAUUGUUAAGUCAUGCUGUUACAGUUCAGCCACAGCACAAGGCAGCUAGAGAGGCUCUCGCUGGAGUCUAUCGGCAGCUGGGCUUCGGUGCAGAGAAUGCAACGUGGAGGAACUUUUACCUUUCGGGGUCGAUGGCCCUCGGUUCGAGUCAUCAUGGCAAGCCACCUCCGCAAAUGGCCAUCGAUAAUAGGCUCCGGUCCACAGAUUCAUUCCAACAGUGGCUCGAAGUAUUAUCCGUUCGGCUCGACGGGCUGCAAGCCGCACGCGAGUCGAGUAUCAUCGAUAUCAUGGUGACAGAUGAGGAUUGCUGGUGGCGAGUUAUUGUGAGCAAUGGUGCACUGACAUAUCGGAAUGCCCUGGACCAGGCUGCUUUCGGAGACGAGGCAGCAGGGCUAAGUUUUGCAGGAACGAAAAGCCAGUUGCAUCGCAUCCUAAAUGGGGAUGCCCAGUUAAAGGAGACCAAUCGUACUGGCGACUGGAGUUUACUAUUCAGACUCCUCCAGUUAACAGGCAUGAGCAGUGCAGCAGACAUAGAAUCAAGCCAUCUAUAA